CCGAGCCAAGAUGUUUUUCUCUCAGUUUGAACUUUGGAUCAGAUUCCCAGAAGUUGACACUCUGAUUGUGCCUGCCAGCAGGGCGACAGGAGCCCACGGUCCUCCGGUGGGGAUGAAAUAUUCAGUUUGACUGUUCAGGCAGGUGACGUGUCCUUCCUCAUCUGCAGCCCUUCUAUAAAGAGGACCCUUGACCUGGCAGCAGAGCCCAUCCAGGAGCACGGCCGGCUGAGCAGAGACAAGGUGGGCCUGAGUCGCAGAUCAGGAAGCACCGGGAAGAUGCAGGCCUGCAUGGUGCCGGGGCUGGCCCUCUGCCUCCUACUGGGGCCUCUUGCAGGGGCCAAGCCUGUGCAGGAGGAAGGAGACCCUUACGCGGAGCUGCCGGCCAUGCCCUACUGGCCUUUCUCCACCUCUGACUUCUGGAACUAUGUGCAGCACUUCCAGGCCCUGGGGGCCUACCCCCAGAUCGAGGACAUGGCCCGAACCUUCUUUGCGCACUUCCCCCUGGGGAGCACGCUGGGCUUCCAUGUUCCCUAUCAGGAGGACUGAAUGGUGUCCAGCCUGGUGCCCGCCCACCCCGCCAGGCUGCACUCGGUCGGGCCUCCGCAGGCAUGGAGUUCCCACAAAAACCUGGCCCCUGCAGGAGUCAGGCCUGGUCUCACGCUCAAUAAACUCCGGACUGAAG